GUGUCAACCUAUCCUGUCUCCAGACUGCAGGGGGAGAAAAGUAGGGAACAAGUCAACACAUCUUAUGGUGAUGCAGUUCCACUGAAGGCAUGUCAAGCCGGAGGGAAGGAUGGUUUCAGUCACACGGAAGAGCAGGAGCUGUGUGCUGCUUUAUCUUUCACUCAUCUCGUCAAUCCUCGCCCCUCUGCCUCUCGCUAUCUUUCCCGCAUUCACCGUCUCUGUCUCGCCUGUUUUUUCAUUGUCUGUCCUGAGAACAACAAAAGCCACGCCCCCUCCCGUUAUUAACCCAAACAUGUCAAUCAUUUCUGAAACUUUUACCACUCCUUCAAUCUUAAAAUCAUCCACCCCCACCAUCACCUCUACGUCACUCUUCAAUCAAACAUCCACCACAGACCUCCUCACAACCUCACCCACAGCUUCGACAAAAUCUUUUUUCCUCCAGCUUGGUAAAAAAUACUCACUGAGUUCUGGUCCAGUCCAGUGUUCCUUCAUAUCUGGCCUUCGAACCUUAAAAUUUUUUUCCCCUAAUAUUCCCAAGUUGCUACCUCACCUCUGCAAAUGUCUGACUACAUCUUUCAAAACUAUGGUGCCUCCUUUGCACAAAAAACUUCCAUCACCUUGGUCCAAAAUGUGUCUGUAUCCAGCUUCUCUUUAUCCUGCUAAACCUUAUAAAUUCACCAACACAUCUCUUCUUCACAAAAAGUUAUCAUCUCCCUCUCAAACUGCUUCACCCUCUCCUCCUACAACAUCUUUAUCUCCUGCAGCAUUCUUAUCUUUAACCCCCAAAACAUCACCACCUCCAUUUGCCAAAGUUGCACACAUCCCUAUCCUGAAAAGCCUGCCAUUGCCACCAGAAUCUACAAGCUCUCACAAGCCACGAUUACGUCCUCCACCUCCACCUCCACCUCUCCCCCACACCACAGGUCCACUGUUUGAGCACCAGCCCUUCAUUGUUAGUUGGAACAUCCCUGAUCUGGUUUGUAACAGGCACAACAUCUCACUGGACACCUCGCCCUUUAAAGGAGUGGCCACACCUGCUAAGGUUCCAGGCCAGUUCCUGUCUCUGUUUUAUACGGACCGACUAGGUCUUUACCCACAUGUAAACCUCACCAGUAAAAAACAGUUAAAUGGUGGCAUCCCACAGAGAGGUAACCUGGAAGCCAGUCUGAACAAGGCCAGAGCAGAUAUUAACUACUACAUCCCAUCCAAGACAUCCCGUGGCUUAGCUGUGAUAGAUUGGGAGGAAUGGCGCCCCCUAUGGGACAGAAACUGGGGCACUAAGAGAGUAUACCAAAAUUUAUCUGUGGCCCGUAUUAUGCAAACAAACCCCUUCUUCACACUGCGGCAGGCCACAGAAAAAGCCAAAAAACAGUUUCAGGUGGCAGCCAGGAAUUUUAUGUCAGGGAUGCUGGCAGUGGGAAGAGCUAUGAGACCCAACUAUCUCUGGGGCUUCUACCUGUUUCCUAACUGCUACAACUACGGCUGGAAGAAGCCAGACUACACAGGCCACUGCUCCAAGGAGGUGAGGAGGCAGAAUGAUGAGCUGCUCUGGCUAUGGAAGUCCAGCACUGCCCUCUACCCAUCUGUGUACCUGCAGUUAUCUCUGGCAGACAAUCUCAAAGCCGCUCUGAUGGUGAGGAACCGAGUCCAGGAAGCUUUGAGGGUGUCUGCUUCGCCCAGACGAACUGGCACUGCACCCGUGUUUGUUUACACUCGACCUGUCUUCGUUGAUCGAAACAAACGCUUCCUCAGCCAGGGGGAUCUGGUCAGCACCAUCGGAGAGAGCGCAGCAGUGGGAGCAUCUGGCGCUGUGCUGUGGGGGGCCAGCGCAGACUAUGAUGACCAGACCUCUUGUAAAGCCCUCUCAUCCUACCUCUCCUCCACUCUCAACCCUUACAUCACCAACGUCACCGUAGCCGCUCAGCUCUGCAGCAACUUCCUGUGCCAGGGGAAUGGACGCUGUGUCCGAAAAAACUACAACUCCAGUUACUACCUCCACCUAAACCCUGAGAAUUUCAAAGUCUUGCAUGUGCAGAACCGCUACCUUGUUCUAGGGAGACCUACUUUCACAGACCUGAAGACUUUCAGUAAGAGGUUUACCUGUCAAUGCUACAAAGGACUGAACUGUACUCCCAGGACAUACAGAGAGCUAGCCAAGGCCUUGAUAUUUAGUGUGCAACAUGGGUUGCACACCAAAUAUCAAAAGGCUUACACUCUAAAUAAGGCUGUGUUGGAUGAUACGCAACAGACCAGUAUUAGUAAGGACAAUGUUAAAAAGAACUUAAAAGUUUAGAUUGUAUAGUGUAACAUCUUUUGUUUGUAAAAUUUUUCCUUUUCUCUAACCUUGUUUGUGUUUCUUGUCAGAAGAUUAAAAAGACUGUAUAUAAAGUGUUCAUUAUGACCGCUGACUAACCACUGAUCAUGAAGAGCAGAGCCUCCAUCUCAGAUCAAAUCUAAACUAACACUGUGCCAUAUCAAGUAAUUAGGUGUGACAAU